AUGACAACAUUAUGGGAUCCUCUUCGGGAGAUGGCCAAACUUCAAGGCAAGAUUGCCGUCGUAACUGGAGGAAGAAAGGAUCUAUCGGAAGCUAACAGUCAAUUGGCUCGUAGCAGUGGGAUAGGUCUCGAAAUAGUCGGGUUUCUCGCCCGCAAAGGAGCGAAAGUGUAUUGUACAACACGAUCUGAGAACAAGGCAAAAAGGGCACGGGAUGUGCUACGAGCCAAGUACCCUGAGAUUGACCAAGAAAAGAUCAAAUGGGUGCUGUUAGAUUUAUCAGAUUUACGAUCUAUCACAGACGCUGCCGAUGAACUGAAGAGCAAUGAAACAAAGCUUGACAUAUUGAGUAUACUCCAAGGUGCCACACCUCUCAUACUUCAAUAUGCUCCUAACACCAUUGAUUCUCUAGUCAAUAACGCUGCGGCUGCAACAAUGUCCCAUAGUCUUGUGGCUGGUAGGUGGGAGUGGCAUAUGGCAGUUAACUUCAUUGGGCCGUUUCUUUUUGUUAAUCGUGUUUUGCCUCUGCUAAAAAACGCGACGAAUGACUCAAACUCAAACCCCGAUGUCAGAAUUGUAACUCUCAGUUCUAUUGCCCACGCCAACAUGCUGCCCCAUAACUUCGAGUUCCAUUUUGACUCGCCUUCGUGUCUUGCAAAUCCCGUAGUCUCAUACCCUUGGCAAUGGCGUUACAUUGGAAGGUUCAUUUUCGGCUUUGAUAUGAUCCGCUAUGCGGCUUCCAAGGCCGCAGUUGUUAUGUUCGCCAAGGGUUUGCAGAGCCGGCUAGAUGCAGGGGGACUGCCGAUUCUGUCUCUUUCAGUGCAUCCCGGUGAGGUUGCCACGGAAGGUGUUAUGGCAAUUAAUAACGUAUUCAUCAAAACAAUCGCCCGUCUUACCUUUCUCACCUCACAACAAGGUGCCGCAACACCACUAUUUGCAGCAACUGCGAGUAAAAUCAAACAGAACCAGAACAUCUACGGAGGAAAGUUCCUUACGCCGUACGGUAAAAUUCAGGCGCCGCAUCCAGUUGUGGAGGAUGCACAACAGCUGCAAGGACUGUGGGAGCACACGACCAAGGAGGUGAAUGAACAGCUUAUGGCCCUUGGGAUCCCUCCUUUGGAUAGGUGGUAA